GAACCCUGAGAAAACAAAGCAAACACUUAAUUGUUCUUGACUUUGAGUAUAUAUCUUUUUUUUUAAAAAAAAUUUGGGAUUUUUGAGUCAUUGUUUCUUGUUUGUUUUCACAAGGUGAGUUGUUAUUUGGUCCUUAGUUCUGUGUGGGAGUGUGCCUUUGUUGUCUUGUUUGCUCUUUAUCUGGUUUUUAUAUAUUUAUUUAUUCAUUUAUUUUUUUGGGAGUAAACUAUGUGCAGAAACCUCUUUUGUUUGGUGGUUUGGUUUUUAUUUUCUCUCUUCUCAUGUCUUGAUAAUAUAAAGUCACAAUGCCAAUUUGGCUGUACUAGCAUUGUGAUAAAGAUUGCAGCUUUUAUGCAACUGCUGUUCUGAGGAGAAGGAGGAGGAGAAGAGGGGUGGCACUAGAUCUAGUUUCACCAACGAAGAUUGGAGAAUUAUGUGAUCAUUCAUUGAUUCAUCAAUUUUCUUUUCUAUUUGUGUGUUUCAAUGUUGAUUAUGAGGGGUCUUUUUUUUCUUUUCGUUAUGUGUGUGAUCUUUUUCUUUGUUGUUUCAGAUUCAAUGUGUAGUUUUUCUAGACCGAGAUGUCGAGGUCACUUGCAGUUAUAGCAGGAGUUGCUGCAGGUGGUCUUGCAUUGGUGAUCAUUGGCCUCCUUUUUCUUUGGUUUUACAUAUUCAAAUCUAGAGCUCUAUCCAGCAAAACUUCGGAGACAGGUUCUUCAGAUCCAUCCACACUAGUCGAAUGGAACAGGGGAGGACAGAUGUCCUCCACUGGUUGUGGUCCUAGCGGCGAUCAACAAAGUUUAAGGCAGUUUACACUUCAAGAAUUAGAACUAGCUGCUAAGAAUUUCAAUGAUAGCAACUAUGUUGGCAAGGGGACCUUCGGUCUGGUCUACAAAGGUUUGCUUCUUGAUGGUACUCUUGUGGCCAUUAAAAGGCGUCUUGGUUAUCCAAUGCAGGAGUUUGUCGAAGAGGUUCGGUACUUAUCCAAGAUUUGGCAUCGCAAUCUGGUUACACUUAUUGGUUAUUGCCAAGAAGGUGGUUGUCAAGUUCUGGUUUAUGAGUACAUGCCAAAUGGAAGCAUUUCUAGUCAUCUAUAUGAUACUCGUCGGGAUUCAACAGUAAGGUUGGAAUUCAAACAAAGGCUUUCCAUUGCUAUAGGAGCUGCAAAAGGUUUGUCACAUUUACAUAGGCUGGUGCCUCCUGUCAUUCACAAGGGCUUCAAAACAAGUAAUGUCUUGGUUGACGAGAACUUCGUUGCAAAGGUAGCAGACACUGGGAUGGUCAAAUUGCUCCAAAAGAUUGAAGAUGGUGAUCCAUCUCAAACAUCUGAAAGCAAUGUUUUCAGCGAUCCUGAGAUCCCCAAUUUGGAGGAAUUACGGGAAGCCAGUGACGUAUACAGCUUUGGUGUAUUCCUUUUGGAGCUUGUCACUGGUCGGGAAGUUGCGCAGCUUAUUUCUCAUGAAUCUGCCGGAAGUUUGGCACAGUGGGUGGAAGAGCACAUGAGCUUAAAUGAUUUCAUCGAUCACAGAUUAGCAGGAAGCUUCACUUCUGGAGGAAUGAAACGCUUGAUUAGGCUUAUCCUCCAGUGCCUAGACUUGUCAGGGAGAAGACGACCAAAGAUGGAAUUUAUCGCCUCAGAGCUUGAUCAAAUUCUCGAGACUGAAAUGACUCUUACAAUAGUCAUGGGUGAUGGUACUGCGAUAGUUACUUUAGGAAGCCAGUUAUUCACCUCUAGUUGAAAUACGGCGUAUACUCAUUCUGUUUCCAGUUGUCAGUUUUCCUGCCAUUCUUAGCAGUUUCCUCAAUGUGCAGUAAUGGCUAUAUUAGAUAAUGUCGGCAUAUUUGGAUAUCGUUUGUAGUGAAAGCUCUAUACUACAUUGAAGAAGAAUUCAGAUACAUAUAUAUUUCCAUUGCAGCGCAAAACAUGGCGAUCAAAUGGUUGCAAAUCACAACCUUACUUAUCAUCGACAAACAAAUGGGAUCUGUUUCAGAGUUGCAGGGAGCCUUUUUUCUGUCUUCUUUUUGUGUAGCAGUGCUCAACUUGUUCAUGUUUGCAGCUUUAUGCAAGCUGUUAAUUUCUUCUUCUUUUUUAGUUCUUUUGUUUGUUUUUGCUGUAAAUUUGUGAUCUAAUUCUGUAGAAAAUUUGAUUAAUUUUAGUUUAUUUGAAUCUUUUGAUAUUUGUAUCAUGUUUUUGUAGCUCAAACAUUUGA